UCGCGACCGCGGCCUGAGGGGGAGGGACCACGCGCAAGGAGGGGCGUGACUCGUCACGUGAUCAGGAAGUGCCGUUAGUAGCGUUGUCUCCAGUCCGCGGCUCUCCUGGAUGACGUCAGCAAGGAAGGGGAGGAACGCGAGGGGAGACUGAAGUUCACGUUCCGCUCUUUAGCGCGCGGUGAGUUCCCCGGCGCUAAGCCGGGAGACAAGAUCCGAUCCACUGAGAGCUGCGAGGUGCUGGCCUGGAUGUGGUGGAGCUGGGCUGGGACCUCCGGGCUGCUGGUCUGUGAGCCUGGCUUUGAAAAUUGGUUACUGGGUCUCCUCUCAAGAGAUCUCAAGAUAUUAAAAUUACUGCUGUUAAAAAGGUGAGGAAUACUGUAUCUAUCAUUCAACAAGUUUCAGCUUUCUGGCUAAAUGACUUUUGUGCCAGUGAUACCAGAGUCCUACAGCCAUGUUCUUGCAGAGUUUGAAUCUCUGGAUCCAUUACUCUCAGCCCUGCGGCUGGACUCCAGUCGUCUAAAGUGUACGAGCAUAGCUGUGUCUCGGAAAUGGUUGGCUUUGGGCAGUUCAGGAGGAGGACUCCAUCUCAUUCAGAAAGAAGGCUGGAAGCACAGGCUUUUUCUUUCACACAGGGAAGGUGCAAUUUCUCAAGUCGCCUGUUGUUUACAUGAUGAUGAUUAUGUUGCUGUAGCUACCAGUCAAGGUCUUGUAGUUGUUUGGGAAUUAAAUCAAGAGCGUCGUGGGAAACCAGAACAAAUGUAUGUGUCUUCAGAACACAAAGGCCGAAGAGUCACAGCUCUCUGCUGGGAUACAGCUAUUCUUAGAGUUUUUGUAGGUGAUCAUACUGGGAAGGUUUCUGCUAUCAAACUCAAUACUUCUAAACAAGCAAAGGCAGCUGCUGCUUUUGUGAUGUUUCCUGUUCAGACAAUAACAACUGUUGACUCCUGUGUUGUACAGUUAGAUUAUUUGGAUGGAAGGCUACUUAUAUCUUCACUUACUCGAUCCUUCUUGUGUGACACUGAGAGAGAAAAGUUUUGGAAAAUUGGAAACAAGGAAAGAGAUGGAGAAUAUGGAGCUUGUUUCUUUCCUGGAAGAUGUUCUGGGGGCCAGCAACCUCUGAUAUAUUGUGCUCGCCCAGGCUCUAGGAUGUGGGAAGUGAACUUUGAUGGAGAAGUUAUAAGUACACAUCAGUUCAAGAAACUCCUCUCGUUGCCACCUCUCCCUGUGAUUACUCUAAGAUCAGAACCUCAGUAUGAUCAUACAGUUGGAUCCUCCCAAUCUUUGUCUUUCCCCAAACUCUUACAUCUUAGAGACGGAGUCUUGCUCUGUCACCCACAUUGGAGGGCAGUAGCGCGAUCUCAGCUCACUGCAGCCUCUGCCUCCCAGAGUCACUCAGGCUGUCACCCAGGCUGGAGUGCAGUGGCACAAUCUUGGCUCACUGCAACCUCCGCCUCCCGUGAGCAUUGUGUGCUGACUUGGACAGAAAGAGGAAUUUAUAUUUUCAUUCCUCAGAAUGUUCAAGUUCUUCUUUGGAGUGAAGUCAAAGAUAUUCAGGAUGUGGCUGUCUGUAGGAAUGAAUUGUUCUGUUUGCACCUAAAUGGGAAAGUCUCACAUCUCUCCCUGAUAUCUGUGGAGCGCUGUGUGGAACGCCUGCUAAGAAGAGGCCUGUGGAACCUGGCUGCUCGUACAUGCUGUCUUUUCCAAAAUUCUGUCAUUGCCAGCAGAGCAAGGAAAACUUUGACUGCAGAUAAACUGGAGCAUUUGAAAUCUCAGCUGGACCACGGCACCUACAAUGAUCUAAUUUCUCAACUGGAAGAAUUGAUCUUAAAAUUUGAACCUUUGGAUUCAGCUUGUAGCAGUAGAAGAAGCUCCAUUUCAUCACAUGAAAGUUUCAGCAUCUUGGACUCUGGUAUUUAUCGUAUCAUUAGUAGUAGAAGAGGCAGUCAGUCAGAUGAAGACUCUUGCUCCCUUCACAGCCAAACCCUCUCAGAAGAUGAGAGAUUUAAAGAAUUCACCUCACAGCAGGAAGAGGACCUGCCAGAUCAGUGCUGUGGCUCACACGGAAAUGAAGACAAUGUUUCUCAUGCUCCAGUGAUGUUUGAGACAGAUAAGAAUGAAACUUUUCUCCCCUUCGGCAUUCCAUUACCAUUUCGUUCUCCAUCUCCUCUUGUGUCUCUUCAGGCUGUCAAAGAAAGUGUUUCUAGCUUUGUGCGUAAAACUACUGAGAAGAUUGGCACCCUUCACACAAGCCCUGAUCUGAAAGUGAGACCAGAGCUCAGGGGUGAUGAGCAAUCAUGUGAAGAGGACGUGAGUUCAGAUACCUGCCCAAAGGAGGAAGACAAUGAGGAGGAAAAAGAGGUAACUAGUCCACCUCCAGAAGAAGACAGGUUCCAGGAGCUUAAAGUAGCAACAGCAGAAGCAAUGACCAAGCUACAGGACCCUCUGGUUUUAUUUGAAUCCGAGUCUCUGAGAAUGGUUUUACAAGAGUGGCUUUCACAUUUAGAAAAAACAUUUGCCAUGAAGGACUUUUCAGGCGUUUCAGAUACUGACAACUCAUCCAUGAAAUUGAACCAGGACGUACUAUUAGUUAAUGAAUCAAAAAAGGGAAUAUUAGAUGAAGAUAAUGAAAAAGAAAAAAGGGACUCUUUAGGCAAUGAAGAAACUGUUGAUAAAACAGCAUGGGAAUGUGUAAGGAGUCCAAGGGAGUCUUUGGAUGACCUGUUUCAAAUAUGUUCUCCAUGCGCCAUUGCAAGUGGUCUUCAGAACGACCUGGCUGAAUUGACAACAUUAUGUUUGGAGUUGAAUGUAUUGAAUUCUAAGAUCAAAAGCACCAGUGGACAUGUGGACCACACUUUGCAACAGUACUCUCCUGAAAUUCUGGCUUGCCAAUUCCUGAAGAAGUACUUUUUUCUCCUGGACUUGAAAAGAGUGAAGGAGAGUAUCAAGCUUAGUUACAGUAAUAGCCCUUCUGUUUGGGAUACUUUUAUUGAAGGAUUGAAAGAAAUGGCAAGUUCCAAUCCUGUGUAUAUGGAGAUGGAAAAAGGAGAUCUACCAACAAAGUUAAAGUUACUAGAUGACAAGGUUCCUUUUGAUAGUCCGUUGUUGGUUGUUUAUGCUACCCGGUUGUAUGAAAAGUUUGGGGAAUCUGCUCUUCGAUCCUUAAUCAAGUUCUAUCCAUCCAUUUUGCCAUCGGAUAUCAUACAACUUUGUUAUCAUCAUCCUGCUGAGUUUUUGGCCUAUUUAGACAGUCUGGUGAAAUCAAGACCUGAAGAUCAGCGGUCAUCUUUUCUUGAGUCCCUUCUGCAACCAGAGUCUUUAAGGUUGGAUUGGCUGCUUUUGGCAGUGUCCCUUGAUGCUCCACCAAGCACCAGCACAAUGGAUGAUGAAGGUUAUCCCAGGCCUCAUUCACACUUGCUUUCUUGGGGUUACAGUCAGCUGAUCCUUCAUCUAAUUAAACUUCCCGCAGAUUUUAUAACCAAAGAGAAAAUGACAGACAUCUGCAGGUCUUGUGGUUUCUGGCCUGGAUAUCUAAUUCUCUGUUUGGAGCUGGAGAGAAGAAGAGAGGCCUUCAUCAAUAUUAUGUAUCUGAAUGAUAUGAGCCUGAUGGAAGGGGACAAUGGUUGGAUCCCAGAGACCGUGGAGGAAUGGAAGCUUCUCCUUCAUCUCAUACAGAGCAAGAGCACGAGGCCAGCCCCCCAGGAGUCACUAAAUGGGAGCCUCAGUGAUGGGCCUUCCCCCAUCAAUGUGGAGAAUGUGGCACUUCUGUUAGCUAAGGCCAUGGGCCCAGAUCGGGCUUGGUCACUGCUACAGGAAUGUGGUCUAGCCCUUGAGUUGUCAGAGAAGUUUACCAGAACCUGCGAUAUCCUGAGGAUUGCUGAGAAAAGGCAGAGGGCCUUGAUACAAAGCAUGCUUGAAAAAUGUGAUCGAUUUCUCUGGUCCCAGCAGGCCUAGUGGGAGAAGAUUCAGCAGGAUGUCACGACAUUUUGAGAAAAACUAAAUCAUGCUCCUGAACCUUCUGAAUGCAUUUGUUAUUGAAGGAAAGACACCACCCACAAAUCCUGCCAUCUUAUUGGGGCUACUUUUGUCAGUGUCUGUACCCUUGGCAUCGGCAUCUGUGACUCUUUAUCCAUGACCUCAGUGUUUCUUAACCAAAGUUGUACUCAGCAUUUCUUAACCAAAGUUGAAUUUUGAAGAGUCAGUCCUUGUUUGCUGGAAUUAGAAUGCUAAUGUCCUAGUAUUAUUCCAAACUAUAGUAUUAUAUUGCUUGUUGCUAGUGGAUUAGAGAGAUUCUUUUCUUACUGUGGCUUCCAUGUUGGGAGCAGAAGCUUUUCAUCCUGGUCACAUGAAGACAGAUAGUAUUAUUGACUGGAGUUGAAUUAUUUUUAUAUCUUGUCUGGCACAAUAUGGAAAUUACUGAAAUAAGACCAUGUAUAAUGGAAUUAACACCCAAAAUAAGUAGAACACUGAAGAUUUGAAUUUGAUAUUUAAGUAAAAUGGGACUGGGUGCAGUGGCUUAGGCUUGUAAUCCCAACCCUUUGGAAGGUAAAGAUGGGAGGAUCACUUGAGGCCAGGAGUUCAAGACCAGCCUGGGCAACAUAGAAUGCAUCUCUACAAAAAAUAAAAAAAAUUAGCUAGGCAUAGUACCUGAGGCCAGGAGGUCCAGGCCGCAAUGAGUUGUGUUUGUGCCAUUGCACACCUGUCUGGGUGACAGGGAGAGACCCUGUCUCAAAAACAAAUUAAAUAAUAUGUCUUCAUAUAUAAAUUAAGCUAAUUAAAAAUAUUUUUCCCUGUAUUUAUUUAAUAUUUUCUAAUCUGAACCUAUAUACAGUUGACUAAUUCAUUCUUAGAAAUGUGUUAUCUGUAAUCUUUCCUAAACAGAGUAACCCACAAGAAUCAUGCACUUUUUAAAAUUAUUUCUAAGAAGCCAUAACAAAGCUGUGUACUAAUAAAGACUGCAGCAAGCACUUGUGUUAUUUAAAUUAUGUAAGUAGAUUGUCAUUUGUCAGGCUCCUGUACGUUUACAUAGCAUGUUAUAUUAAUAAUAAAUGUAAAGUAUGACUAAA